AUAACGCUAACAUCGCUAGGUACGAUUGUUGUGUGAGAUAUGAGCGACGAAGCCGGAGCCAAUGAGAUAGUAUCUGCUGGCAUUCCUGAUGAGAGCAUCACAGUCGUCACACAACGACACUUCACAUCAAGUUUAAGAGAUCAGAAUCUACCGAAUCUUGUAGAUAAUUUCUGCCACCGUGUUAUUGCAGUCUGGUGAGGCCUGGUGAAACCACGGAGCCAUAGAUGUUCCUACCGCACAGCACCGGCGUCGCAUGUUGUAGGCACGGGGGCAGACGCCCACUCGUCCCCACUACAGUUCAAUGCUGUCGAGAUCGUUGAGCACGGUAAAGUCGGGUGUUUCGCGUAGCGAAUUAUACCCACGGCUCAAAAGAUCAACGGAUUUUCCAAUUGUUCCGGGGUAUUAUAGGCGAAGGGCUUCAGAGCAGUCACGAUCAGGUGAUUCGUAGACGGACCCAACCAUUUUGGGUAUCCACAUAAUGCAUUUAUCGUUUGGGUCUUGAAAAACCACAUUCAGUGGUUGUGCAGACAUCAGCUUUACAUUUGCAAGGUCCUGGUUGCGAACACCCGUUGUAGUAUUUACAGGAAAAUGUUGAGAAACUGACUGUGCUUACAUAGCCUGAGGUAUUGUGCUACCAUGGGAACCGGGUCCUCUCAGUCCAACAGAGCCUAUCUACCCUUUCUGGAUUCCCUCCAUGUGGUUCUACUUGGGCUUGAUUUCUCGGGGAAAACAACUAUCCUCUACAGGUUGAAGUUAGACGAAUUCAUCAAUGCAGUCCCAACUAUUGGCUUCAAUACAGAAAAAUUGAAGGCAAGGACAGGACAGUCCAAGGGGGUGCGAUUCAAAUUUUGGGAUGCAGGAGGAAGUGAGAAGCUCCGCCCACUUUGGAAGUCCUACACCCGGGGCACGGAUGCUAUCAUCUACGUUGUUGACAGCUCUGACUUUGAACGCUUUGAGGAGGCAAAGAGCGAAUUAAUGAAACUCUGGCGAUCGCCAAAAAACAGUGGGGUACCAAUCCUCGUGAUUGCAAACAAGCAAGAUUUGCGCGAGGCUGUUAACUUGGAGGAAAUCCAACGGCACCUGGGACUGAGUGAGCUACGACAGCAUAAUCCCUAUCAGCUCAUACCUGCUUGUGGCAUCACCGGAGAAGGAUUGGACAACAUCUUUGAUAUACUCUGUGAGAUGAUCAAUAAACGGAGAAGUCUUGCAAAACACCAGAAGAAACGAGGAAGGUAACACCGGCUUCAGGAGUAAUUAGUGACGUGUUUGCUUCAGAAGUUAAGCAGCUGGUAGCCAAAAAUACCUGUAAUCCAUGAUUACAAUUGUGUGUGUGAUUCAGUGACUCCUUAAAGAUGCAGAUUUUUAACAGGGCACCCCUCACAUAGCAUGAAACCUUUUGCGUCAUAAGGAAUUUAAAUUGAUUAGCCAUUCACCAUUGCAUUUCUAGUAGCUGCACCUGGUCCUUGACAUGACAAACCAAGAAUUUCUAAAACUUGAGUACGUGGGUGAGUGCAAGGUAUAUUCCUGUUUAGCAGUGUUUCAAGUCACCGUUACUACCCCCCCCCACACACACACCUUUGUUCUUCAUAAAUAGAACAGAUGACAAGCCAAAAUCAGCAAAUAUCUCUGUUGUGGAUGGUUCACCAUAAUGGCACUUUCCUGUCAAAUUAGGCUCUGUCAAACUGCAGUUUUAGUCACAAAUCGCACCACUCUUUAUAUAGCCCUAGUAUUCCUUGAAAUAUUUAUAAAUGGCAAUAUUUACAUCUCGUUGCUGGUAGCUUUUUUGACCUUCGUUCUUUAAUGUUGGCAGAACAUCAGUAAGUACUGAUAGAAGUCGGUGGUUCUAUCAGAUCCUUAUCACAGACAUCUAUUAUAAUAUUCUUCACACCAUUGGGGCUGUCACACAAGGCCUACAUGUACCUUGACUGAGUUCUUUGAGUACAUGUACUUUACUGGUUUUAUAGUCUGUCUUUUGCAGCAGUAUACAAGAAAAAUGAAACAUUUUUGAACGUUUCUAAAAUGCCAUUUUUAAUUGUACGUUCAGUUUCAAGCUGAAUCUGUCAAUAUAACUUGCACCACGGAAGGUUUUAUUUAUUUUUUUUAGUUCCCCAAUUUCCACAAAGCAAUUACAUGCUUUCUUAAGAAUUAAAGUACAGUAUUUGAAAGAUGUUCGUCACAAAUUGGAAAUACGCAUAAGUUCGUCUAGCUUAGAAAAUGUGAGCAAUGUUGCUUUCUUACUAGACUCUCAUUAACUCUAACUGUUGACAUUUUGCUACUUUAACUUCCUGAAUCAUCAAAAAUACACCACAAGUGCAGGAAACCAGCGGUUAAGUAGUGAAAAGGUAUCAAGAUAAGUUAUACCUUAAAAUCUUCCAAAAUCCUCCUAGUGGCUUUUGAAGGAUCUUGGAGGAUUAGUGAAAGCUAGAUUUGAUCAUGCCCGACUAUUUGUAAAAGUUCAGCAAUGAAAAAAAGUGCCUUGUAACAGAAGUAUCUGUGUUGCCCUCGGACGAUUCGCACAAAAGCACUCACUUUUUUGGUUUUCUUGUCAAACUAUAGCUUGUUUUCUCCAUUUCCGGGUAACCGAACUUGGGGGGGUAUUGUCACUGAUAUUUUGAAGUGUGCAGUACCCUGGCACCUUUUUUGUGUAAGCAUUGUAAGUUUUGUUAUCCCUCUGAACUGCUCAACAAGGCCCAGCCAGGCCGAUUAUGUUCUUUGUAAGUGCCUUUUUUGAGAUGAUUUGUAUAUGAAUGCAAGCAGGCCAGAUGGGUAAUUGUAGGCCCAUGAAGCUGCCGUACAAAUACCUUCUGGACCCAUUCUCAGCUUAAUGUAUCUUCCAAGGGUUUCAAAACAUAAAAGAGGGGAGUUUAAAGCUCAUAAAUAGUCUGGUUUUUUAGCUGGUUGGAAAACUGCGUGUACUGAUAUUGUGCGUGCUAUGUAGUGCAUAUGUACUCAAAACCUUUUUAAAAACUGCUCAGAACCCAGCUGAAGUACAUUUCUGUGUUCUUCAGAUUUUGCAGAGUGAGUGAAUAAAUACUUAUCACAACAGUCCGAUCAUCUUUUUUCAACCUGAGAUUUUUAAAUCUGUAAUUUUUUAUGUCAGUAAAUGUAAAAGGAUCUAAUAUUGAGAUGUGAAUCGGGAUGUGUUCUUAUUCCUUCCUGUUGUACCACAGUUUAUAAUCAUGAAGGCUUACCUUAAUUCUGUCAGAUGCUAGGUAUGUUUUUAUCAUCAUUAUUUGCCAAUUUGAUUGAUUUGGUAAUAGACAUAUUUUGUAGUCGCCAUGAACGCUUGGGAAGCAUAAUGGUAGCAAAUUCUAACUCAAUAUAAAACACAAUUGGCAUUGUUUAUUUAUCGUCAGUGUCACGUACCCGUUGAGUGUUAUGAAAACAGACUACAUAAAGCAUGUCCUAUAAAAAAUUCCCGUGACAUUUUCCUGAAAUGUUAAAACUAUCACAGGCGCAUGCUAAUUUUCUUUUCCUGGUUAUUUAUGCCGACUUGAGGUCUGUUUGUCUAGCCGGAUACCAUCGGCCACUGCUACCUUAAACCUUACUAUUGCCUCGGGCGAAAACGCAGCUGUCAAACUACAUGAUGCCUGCCAUAUUUGGUCAAACAAGAAAACCGCAUCUUUGUUUAGCUUGGUUUGCGAGGGUAAGAACUGUGAAUGUGAAAUGCCAGAAUUGUGUUUACUACCUAAGAAAAUAAGCUGUGUGGUUUAGUGCACACAGUUUGUGGUUUGCAAAACCGCAUGCAGCACUUGUCACGAUCUACAAGGUAUAAAUUAUUAUGUGUGAUUGGUGACCACGGGUAGAUCUUGUUUUCCUCCUAUAGGUUUGACGAGACAGUGCAUUGUCUACUUGGAACAGCAAUUGUUAGACCAUCAAUUUUAUUUGGGAUAUUUAAAAAUUAAAUACCACAACAGCAUAUAUCGCUUGGAUAAGAAGUGUACAUAUAAGUUUUUCUUUAUGUUUAAUUCAGAUUCAUUUUGACUAGUUCAAUUAUUUUAUAUAUACACAUGUACCAGUUGCCUAGUUUCACUGGCCGAAGUGUCUUGCUUUGUCCAAUGCUAGGAUAACUUUUGUCCAACUUCAGAGCUGCGUGAAUUUUGUGCACCGUUCAGAGUCUCUCGAAAUUUAAUUUUUUCAAGCUUUGGGUGAGAACCAAGCGAAGCAUUCACUGUUGACGAAAAGUUGCAUACCACUUUCUACAUGUAGAAACUGUGGAAUCAUUGUCAGACCACACAUAGUGUGUGAUACUUAAUUUUUACGUUUCAUGAGGACAUGUGUACUGAUAUGACGUACAUGUAUAUCUGACUUGUAGAAAUUGUGUGAGUGUUCAUCGUUUGCUGAUUUUGAGUAUAAAUUUGGUACAAAAAAACCCUAUGAAUUUGACAUUGUUUAAACUGGUGCUGAUUUUGAAGUGUACAAUUGUGUCUUUUUCCUUAAAAUUUUGCUGUUGUUACGCAGAGAAAUUAAUUCAAGUUGAUGUAAAAUGCCAUGUGAAUGUACGGAGUUCUAAUCGGCAAUAAAAUUCUUACCGCAGGACUGAUACAGAA